GUGGCUCGGCCGGGCGGCGCUGCUGCUGGGGCGGCCGGGGGGCCCCGCCGCCGUCCCCUCGUCCUGCCUGGGCUCGCUGCGGGGCCCGCGGUGCUGYUGCCGCCGCCGCCUGGGCAGCCUGCGGGGCGGCGCCGAGGGGCUGCUCCUCCCGAGGGGGUCGCGGGCGCUCGGGACCCACCCCAAGAAGGAGCCGAUGGAGGCGCUGAACACGGCGCAGGGGGCCCGCGACUUCAUCUACAGCCUGCACUCCACCGAGCGGAGCUGCCUCCUGCGGGAGCUGCACCGCUUCGAGUCCAUCGCCAUCGCCCAAGACCCCAUAUCAGCUAGGGGAGGCUGUCAGCAAUAUGGGGAGACCUGGGCACAUCAAGAACCAAAUGGGGCAAGUUCCUCAGCCCAUUCCCAGGCCUACCAGCAGAAGGAUGCAGUUCCACCACCUAAUUGCCCUAGCGUGAAAUAUGACAGGACACACUAUCUAUGGCCUCCGCUAAUGGCAGAGGCUGCGGGGAAACCYAUCCUUUGCUGCGGCUGCUACGCUGAAGGACGGUCCUCAGAGAAGUUGGAGGUUGCACCACCAUCUCCAGGACAACUGAGACAUGUGUUCUUCCACAAUGCAUUACCUUUUGUAGGGUUUGGAUUUUUGGAUAAUGCAAUUAUGAUUGCUGCGGGAACCCAAAUAGAAUUGUCAAUUGGAGUUGUCUUAGGAAUUUCAACUAUGGCAGCUGCYGCUUUGGGAAACCUUGUUUCAGAUUUAGCUGGACUGGGUCUUGCAGGUUAUGUAGAAGCUUUGGCUUCACGAUUGGGUCUGUCAAUCCCUGACCUGACACCCAAACAAGCUGACAUGUGGCAGACGCGUCUCAGUGCACACUUGGGUAAAGCUAUUGGAGUGACCAUUGGCUGCAUUUUAGGAAUGUUUCCUUUGUUGUUCUUUGGCGAGGAGGAAGAAAAACUGGAAGAAAAAAAAUAAUGUUUUUACAAGACAUAUACAAAUGUAAACUACUGUACCUCAAUUAUUCAAUUAUGCUGUCAAUAUUUAGGAAUUAACAGACAGUAAACAAUGUAUAGACUUGGGAACAAAACCUUCAGCAUGUCAUUUUAUGGAAACACUAAUUUAUUGUGGCCUUGUUGUGUUCAGUACUUCUUUUUAUAAGAUAUCAUCUAACUUUUUAUUUAAUUGUAAAUUUUUGAAGUGUUUUCACUUAUGGCGAGAUGUUUACCACUUUCCCCUUUGAACUUAUUAUUUAAUGGAUUAUUAAUUCAAUAGUCCACCAUGGAUGACAGUAUCACUUUUGAGUUGCAUAUUGGUUGCUUAACAGUUGUAAUUGCAUGACAGAAAUAUCACUGGUGUUCAUCAGGUCCUUCAAUGCAGAUUAUUAAGAAGGUCAGUGAUGAGUAAUUUGAAGUCACUCACUUUGCAAGGUGACUGGUUGCCUCUCACCAGCCAUCAUUUUGCACUGCCCUAGAUCAGGUAUUUCAGUGACCUUUGACAGUAUAGUUUCUUAUUUCACAAUUCUGACUUAAGUAUCUCUGAAUUAUCUUCUGAGAUGAUCGUGUUGAUGCUUUGACAAGGUAAGUGUUUCCAGUGUAGGCUCUCUACCAAGUCCAUUUAUAACUGGUGUUUUGACACCUUCUGUAGUUCCAUAUUCAUGCCUAUUUUUUCCUUUCUAAACAGUGUUUUAAGAAUUGAGUUGAAAUAUCCUUAAAUUUGUCUUCAUGUGUUUUGAGUGUGGUAUUAAAGAAUUCAGACCAACUGUUUCAAAACCACAAGCAACUUUUUUAAUUGUCCUGCUUAAAAUAAGGAUGGGAAUAGUUGAUUGAGUGGAUGAGGCCAGGGAACAGUUCAGGGUAUGAAUGAGUGCUGGCAUUGCAAGUUUGUGAUGASUAGUUCAGUUGAAAUGAUAAGUGUACCAUCAGUCUGGAUUAGAGGACCUGAUUUGAUGAUGAUACCUUUGUAUUUAAAGAUUAAGCCUUUGGUACUUUUUUUUUUUUUUUUUCUGUGAGACAGUUAGUAAAAAACAAGCAACAAUAAUAGGAGAAUUGAGGCCUUUUUAGUUUUCUGAGUUUUAUUUUUGCAGUCUUACUUGGUGUAUUAUAGACCAUGUAAUUGUGCUUUUUUAUAUGGUUAUGAAUAAAAUGUUGAAAACUAUUGAAUAUUCAUAAUAUUUCAGAAUCUGAAUUGCCAAUAAGAUAAUGCUAAACUGCUAAUUAUCCCUUAGAGAAGAAGGUUUCUUACCUGUUUAAAUACCAUUUGGAAAAGCCACUAAAAAGUGGCACAGCCAGGGUGCUUUGAAAGUUUUGUUGCUGAAAUUGCUAGCACUUCUGAAACAUGGAAAGAAAUGUUUAAAAWAAAAUCAAGUCCCCUGCUGAUUUUUAUUUGCUAUAGGAAAAGUCUUAUUGURACGUAUGUGUUUUACAGAGCUCAUUGUCAUAAAUCUGACUUCUCUGUUCUCGUUUCUAGAAGCCCUUUAAUAGCAAUACUGAGACUUUGGCUUUAAUGAAGGUGACACUGUUGUAUCUGUUGUUUGAAAAGCAGGUGUUGAAAGCUUGGAAUGAGUAGUCCURGUAGAGUGUGCUAUACUUUGCAUAUUAAACCAUGAAAAUCUGGACCAAGCUGUAAAACUGAAUGAAAACUCAGCCAAGCAACAAACACAAGUGCAGUAGAGUUUUGGCUUGCACUUUAAAGGUGGAAGCUCUAUUGAAAUAAAAUUAAAUAAAACAACAAAUAACAACAACAAAAACCACAACUCUAACAAAAAAAAACCC